AUGGCUGUCCGCCCCGCUGGAGCCCGCGCCGGCACUUGGUCGCCCGAGGCACUCGGCCUCACCGGCCGUGUCGCGGAUCUCCGCCCCAUGAGGCCGCCCCCCAACUCCCCUCCUCCUCUGCGGAGGGGCCGCGCCGCCGCUGAAGGAGCCGGCCGUGGGCACCGGCGAGGAGCAGGGCCAAGCACUGGAGAAACAUACAAUAGAAGCACUACAGUUGUCGACACAGAUUUCUCCUCGAAAAUUGCUGAAACCCUUCAACUGGAUCCAGAGCCAAAAUCUAUGAAAGAGUGCCUCAAGCGCUCGGAUUGGCCUAAAUGGAAGGAAGCAAUUGAGGCAGAAUUACACUCGCUUAAUAAAAGAGAGGUACAAGUAAGCUUGAUCAUGCCUCAUCUCCGGGGCCAUGCCCCAGCAGCCGCGAUGGCCAUUGCCAUCGCCGUCCACCACCUCCUCCUCGCGCUGGCGCUGUUCCCGCUCACGGCAGCGCAGCAGGAGUACCAGGCCAAUGGUCAGUCCGACUGCUACGUCAACAACGGUAGCUCCGUGCUCGGCUACACCUGCACCAACACCUCCAGCUCCCCGCCGGCAUGCGCCACCUACGUCGCCUUCCGCUCCGACCUGCCCAGCUUCGGCUCCCCCAUCACCGUCGCCUACCUCCUCAACGCCAGCGCGCCUGCCGUCGCCGCGGCCAACAACGUGCCCGUCGCCUCCCUGGUCCGGAACAACACCCUGCUCCUCGUCCCCGUCCCCUGCGCCUGCACGGCCGCCGGCCGCUACCAGCACGACACCGCCUACGCCGUCCAGUACGCCCACGAGACCUACUUCUCCAUCGCCAACUACACGUACCAGGGGCUCUCCACCUGCCAGGCGCUCAUGGCGCAGAACCCCGCGCGCGACAGCGACAUCUACCCCGGCGUGGCGCUCACCGUGCCGCUCCGCUGCGCGUGCCCGUCCGUCGCGCAGGCCGCGGCUGGGGUCAGGUACCUCGUCACCUACGUCCUCGACUGGGACGACUACGCGCUCACCGUCGCUCAACGCUUCGGCGCGGACUACCAGGCCCUGCUUCGUGCCAACAGCAUCGACGAGGACACCACCGUGUACCCGUUCACCACCAUGCUCGUUCCGCUAAAGGACCCGCCCACGUCUCAAAUGGCGGUAGUCUUGCCGCCACCCGCACCGGCAUCUGAUUUGGUCCCGACGGCCAGUUCCAGUGAAUCCAGCCGGUGGUGGGUCAACGUCGGCGCUGGUGCUGGAUGCAGCGCUCUUGCUUUGGGUGUCGUGCUCGCUCUCUUCUUGCUAUGGCGUCAGUGCUGGCGGCACAGCGACCGAAACACGAAGACCACCCCAUGGCAGGCUCCGGCGAAGGGAGCCUUGAUGUGGCCGACGGUGGAGGCAGUGGACGUGCGCGAGGCGGUGUGGUCGCUGACCGUGCACGACUACGGGGAUCUAGAGAGGGCUACGUCAGGCUUCUCGGAGGAGCAUCGUAUCGGGUACUCGUCCGUCUACCGCGCGGUGAUCAACGGCGGCACCGCGGCCGUGAAGCGCGUGCCCGGCGACGACAUGGGCGCUGAGGCUGAGGUGAGCGUCCUGGGGCGCCUCAACCACUCGAGCCUCAUCCGGCUGUCCGGCCUCUGCAUGCACGGCGGCAACACGUACAUGGUGUUCGAGUUCGCGGAGAACGGCGCCCUCAGAGACUGGCUCCACAUCCAUGCCGGCGGCGAGGUGCUCGGGUGGAGCCACCGCGUGCAGGUGGCGCUGGACGUGGCAGCCGGGCUCAACUACCUGCACAACUACACCGACCCUCCCUACGUGCACAGGAAUCUCAAGAGCAGCAACAUCCUCCUCGACGCGUGCUUCCGCGCCAAGCUCUCAAACUUCGGCCUCGCGCGCGCGAUCACCAUCGACGACGACGCCGAGGACGGCGGCCUGUGGAUGACCCGGCACAUGGUGGGCACGCAGGGUUAUCUAGCGCCUGAGUACGUGGAGCACGGGCUGAUCGGCCCCCAGCUCGACGUGUUCGCGUUCGGCGUCGUCCUGCUUCAGCUCUUGUCAGGAAAGGAGGCGGCGGUGGCACCACCAGACAACGACGGGAAGGUUGUGCUGCUUUGGGAGGAGGCGGAAGGGCUGGGCCGGCUGGGCGAGGGCGACGGCGCCAAGGACGACCUGAUCGACAGGGUGACGGCGUUCAUCGACGGCCGGCUGCACGGGCAGUACCCGUUUGACGUGGCUGCCGCCAUGCUCGCGUCGGCGUUGAGGUGCGUGGCUCGGGAGCCCCGGGCGCGGCCGCCCAUGGCCAAGGUGCUCCUUUCGCUGUCGGGGAUGUACAGUACAAUUGGACCCUGAGGCCACCGGACCUCGCCACCCACUGUCCUGCUCCGGAACAAUAAGUCCACAUUAGUAGCACAUUUUACAGAGCAGGUCACCGUCGGCGUACGCAUCAUAUAGACUUGUGUUGCUAGCACCAUCAUCAAUCAAUCAAAUAAAACAAACAUCCACAUGUAUGUCUAAAACUCGGUCUCAAACGAGAGACGUCAGUGUAGUUGUUUUGCUACGUACUAGCUAGCGGCACCUCGAUGCGUUGCCGCUAGUAGCAAAACCAACGCGUUUUGCAAAACUGGUCGUUGGGUGAGGGGGUGGUUUCAGCUUGGCUGAUGCUGUUGCACCACCCCCCUGCCUGUCUUUUGGUUUACUUUUUAGUCGGUGUCCUGUAGUUUCAGAACGUGUUGGUUUUCGUUAAUGAAAAUCGGAGGGGUGCGAGCCCUUCUUUUAUUCAAAAAAAAGCGGCACCUCAAUGCUGCAAUCGGCCAUGAAAAAUGUUGCGACAGUUUUGCAUGCAAUGAUAACUGAUGCUGCAACUGGUGUGAGU